GUACAUUCCAAGAUGGCAGCCUCCUUGUUGCGGCAAAGUGCGAAGCUGAUCGGAGCGAGAGGCGGCGGUGGCGCGGCAGUAACGAAAAGGUGCCUGCUCUCUGCUGCUUAUUUAGAUAGUCAGAAAUGGGACCAGAGACAGAAAGACCCUCAAAAUCUGGCGGAACUAGCUGUGCUAAUGGAUGUAACCUACGAAAAGAAGCUUCCUGUCAGCUCAUUGACGAUAGCAAGGUUUAUUGACAACAUUUCUUCAAGAGAAGAGGUUGAGCAAGCUGAAUACUAUCUUUACAAGUUUCGACAUAGUCCAAACUGCUGGUAUCUAAGAGAUUGGACUAUCCACAGCUGGAUUCGACAGUGUUUGAAGUACGAUGCGAGAGACAAGGCCUUGCACACAGUGAGAAACCAGAUACAAUAUGGAAUUUUUCCAGACAACUUCACAUUUAAUCUACUAAUUGACUCCUUUAUUAAAGAGGAAGAUCUAAAGUGUGCGAUUGCUGUUGUCGAUGAAGUUAUGCUACAAGAAGCAUUUGAUGAGCCAUGUACACAGCUUCUUUCCCUCUACAUUCUACUUAAAUAUCUACAUAGUAAGCCAAAAUUAAAGUGGGAAGAUGAGAGGAAUCUGGGUGCAGCAUUGCUCUUGGUUGGACUGAAGCAGAACAAUACUGUUGGAUUUAGCUCUCAGCUUCUGGGACAUGCAUUUCUUGGAAAAAUUGAACUAACUAAGGGGAUCCGUGCUGUUUACACCAACAUGCCCCUCAUGUGGAUCCCAGGAUACUUUAAUCGCGCACUAAAUGUGAUGGAGAAUACAGUGACAGCACCAAAUGAAAUAAAGCUUUGCAAAGAAACGGUGGAUGCCAUGGCAACCAUAUUGGAGAUGGUAGCAUCUGAGACCAGUGAAUCCAUGGCAACAGAUGAAUCACAGGAAACAAAACAAGAUGCUGCAUUUGAAGACGAUGAAGAUGAUGAAAAUGAGAAUUCAAAACUUACAGAUUACCUCAACAAAUUUAAGAAACUUUAUGCAGAGCUGGAAUCUCUUGGAAAGAUUGAAACUGAAAGUCUGGUGACACUGACAGACAAGCUGGUCAAAGAAAAUCUCUCAUCAUCUGAAACUGAAGAAAUCCUUAAGUAUGAGAAGAAGUUAGAAAAAUGGGAAGAAGAACGUGCUUCACUGAUUCAGAGAGAAAGAGAGUUGAAGGAGAAGGCUCGCCAAGAGAGAGAAGCCAGACGAGCAGCAAAAGCCGCAACUUAAACCUCGUUAUGCUCCAUCUUUGGUGCAAGUGAUUAGGCUGACCUAUUAAUUUGAUUAAAUUGUGCCAUUUGCAGUAUCUGCAUAAUUCUUUCGUCAUUUCCAAAGCGUUAAAGCAAUAUAAGUAAUUUGGGUCUUGCUGAUCAAUGAAUUCAAUGUUGUAAAUAUGUGUUUUGUUUCCCUAGCCACUUCAAUCUGAACACCUGCAUAUGAUUCAUAAUAUUGUUAUUUCACAGUAACCCUAAAUCAACAUCUAACUAUAAUGUUUUAAUAAAAAGCUAGUUAUUUCCAGAAAA